AUGACGGACGACAAUUCAACACCGAAGGCUCCUUCGUACAACACAUUGUUUGAGGAAGUGCGCGCGUUGACCGAAAGGUUACAAGCACUCGAAAGUGCCUCCUCUGCACAACAGCUGCCUAUACAAAAUAAUGUCUCCUCAGCCGCCGCCUCAAUCGGCUACCGCAUACUCCCGGAUGUGGGAACGUCCAUCUGGUCGUUCACCGGACACGAGUCGAGCAGCCAAGCGGAGGAUUGGAUCAGCUCUGUGGACGGGAUGGCUCAGGUCAACCAGUGGCCCUUACGACACCGUUUGCAAUACGUUCGAUCGCACAUCUCGCAAGCCGCGCGGAGUUGGUACCUGUUGGAAGAGUUCCGGGAUUGGGACACCUUCGUCCGGAGGUUCAAAACCACGUUCGUACGCACGUUGCGUAAGGCCGAUCUGUGGCGCGAACUCGAAGCCCGAAUUCAAGAGCCGAACGAGCCCACCAUUGAUUAUUUCUAUGCAAAACUCGGGUUGUGCCACUCGCUCGAUUUGACGUUCGCUGAUACGCGGGAAUACGUCGUCGAGGGACUGAGGUCGCAAGCCCUGACCGACUGGGUCUACAGUCGUACUCACCUCAACCGCGACGAUCUCUUAUCGGACAUUCGAGAUUGGGAACGUAUGCGCGCCAAGAGAAAAGAAAAGUUCGAGGCCGCCGGGUCGACGUUUUCCAAACCCCGUAAACCGAAGGCCACCACCGAACAGCCUAGUGCGAAAUCGACUAGCGUCGCACCCGCUGUUCUGCCGAAAACGACGUCUGGCGCGGUCGCUGGACCUAACCUAACCGAACUGAAAACGGACGCGUCGAGGGACCGUCCGACGAUUUAUUGUUAUAAUUGCCGUGGUACGGGACAUAUCAGUAAGGAUUGCCCGAAACCAAGACGACCGAUGAAGUGUUCUAACUGUAGCUCCAAUCAGCACACACGCGGCCGAUGCCCGGAGGUCGCUGAACGUUCUGAGGUCGCGUCCGCCGCCGAUCAUGCGUACCGCGUCGACGCAAGUUCGAGCACAAGGCCGAAAAAUCCGUUUUCAAAAACCGUGUUGGUUAAUGGACAUGCCGUAACCGGCCUGAUCGACUCGGGCAGCUCCGCUGUGUUGAUACGUUUAUCGAUAGCCCGCGAGUGCGGUAUCGACGUACGCGACGCCGUGUGUCCACUGUACACCGUAGGAAAUGCCGAUCAACCUGGUGCGACGACGAUCGGCGAAGGCUUCGCCAACGUCACCGUCGACGAGGUGCUGGGAGCUGACCACGUUCUGAAGGUUGUGCCUGACAACGCGAUACCUGUUGACGUGUUGGUCGGUCGCACAUGGCUUAACCUCCCGCACGUAAAUUACUCAAAACAAGCGGGUGAAAUUGUUUUUGAAUCAAACAGCUGCGUGUCCGUCGACGCACUCGCCAAGACGUAUGUCGCCGGCGACGACAAAAUCUACGUCGCGGAAACCGAACAGCAGCCGCCCACGAAGGAACCCAUCACAGUCGACGACGUUGUGUUCGACGCCAACGUGACGGAGGUUCAACGCGAAUCGCUGAUCGAGCUACUAAACGAAUAUCGCGACGCCUUCGCGAAAAAUAUUAAGGAGCUCGGCUGUACGAAUGUAAUUUCGAUGGACAUCACGGAAAUUCCUGAUAGCACUCCGGUUAAUCUCAAGCCAUAUCGAACGUCACCCUCCGACCGCCGCUUGAUCGCUGACACGAUUCGAGACUGGAAGGAAGCAGGUAUCGUGAGCGACUCGACCUCCCAGUACGCCAGCCCAGUGCUCCUCGUUAGUAAGUCGUCGGGUGAAAAGCGACUAUGUGUAGAUUACCGACGUCUGAACCAACAAACCAUGAACCAGCCGUACCCAAUGCCCGACGUGGAUUCGCAGCUCGGUGCACUGUCUCACGGCGUGAUUUUUACAUUCCUGGAUUUAUCCAACGGAUUUCUGCAAGUGCCGCUUACCCCCGCGGCCAAAGAUAAAACAGCGUUCGUCACCGAAGAGUCGACCGCCAAGUUUGAGCGCAUGCCUUUUGGGUUAAAGGGUGCGCCGGGGACGUUCCAGAAAAUGAUGGGAAUCGUGUUCGAAAAUUUGAAGAAGGACGGAGUUUUGAGUAAAGUAAGUAUUUGGACGACAUCAUACUACCGUCGAAAAAUUGGGAGCUGA